AUGAAAUUUAUUCUCUUUUUUCUUACCUUUUAUCUUUUUAUCAUUGCUAUUACUUCAGCAACACCAACUGGUAACAUUAAUGAAGGUCAUGUUUUAAAUAAACGUGUUUCUUGUAACGUCCCCGGUGGUAGAGUCGCUUGUAAAGCUAGUUGUGCAGCUCAAGGCCAUUUUGGCAAAGGUCAAUGUUGUCCAUGUAACAUCGCUGGAGAAAAA